AUGGAGGACGGUAGACAGGUGAGGCGCAUCACAGCGCCGCUUGCAAUCGAUGGCGCCUGUCAUCUGAGGGGAUGUCUGUGUGCGUUGGGUGUGUGGGUGCAGGUCAAGAGGUCUCGCCCUAGGACCGACGUACCGGCAGCGUCUUCAUCGGCUGCAGCUGCUGCGUCUGGUGGUGGUGGUGGUAGUGGUGCUGACAGCGAUGAGGAGCGACAGCGUCGGGCUGAGAGGGAAAGACGCUUCUGGGGGGAUGCACCUGUGAGCCAACCACACGCACAAGAGGAUACACACCCUGAUGGGUAUUCACAUCUCUUGCCGUCCCGUGUGCCGUGCUGUAUGGCUGUGUGCAGCUCGGUCUCCUUAGCAUCGUCAUGGCCUUCCUUCCAAUCCACCUGCUGAUGCAGCUGCAGCUGCCGCCCCUGACGUGGCAGCUCACCGCCCGCAAACAGCACCACCUCACCAUCAGCGCAGAAGACCAAGUCGAGCGGUCGUUUUGGCAGAGGACCACCAUCGAUUUGGUCAGGGAAUGGGCCACAUAUCUCAGGCAGCUCACGUCCAUCACCCUCCAAUACCCUGACGGCUUCCCGCGCUGGUGUUUCGACGUCUUUGUGGCCAUCAUCGAGGGCCACAUUGCCGGCCGACGGGCAGCCAACAUCCAAGAAGGGACACUGCAGACCAUCACCUUCCAAGAGGGGUUUUGGCUGACCGGCGCGGCGAUGCAGACCCUCUCGAGGACAGAUCCGCCCCUCCCCGCUCUUCUCGACCCGCCCCCCACCCUCGACGCACUCGAGACCAUCGCCGGCCUGACCAACGACCAUCGGCAGUUGGCCGACCGACGCUGGCGGAUGCCCUCACUCGCCACCGUGCGGCAGUGUGGGUGUUGGCAGUGCGGGUGCUGGAACGCUGACAGAUUGGGCCAGUUCAUCAGCUCGUCCCGCUCCCUGCGGCGUGUGGAAGGCAGCUUUGAGGGUGAUGAGUGGGCGGAUGUAUUCGAGCACGUCCCUGCGGCACCUGCUGGGCAGCAGGGAGAGCUACUUAGCAACUUGGAGGGCAUCGGCACCAUCCUGGUCGAAGGCGACGAUCCAGAGGGCAUCGAGCGGCUUCAGGUGACUACAACGCACACAUGUGUACAGCAGCGCCUGUGGGUUGGUUCAUGAUGCCCUUCCUGUAUAUGUGUGUGUUCUUGCCUUCAGGAAGUGCUCGUUGCGCGGGGCUGCCGACAGUCACUCAAGCAGCUGCACGUGGACUUUGGUGUCUCCUAUUACAUCUUGCGCCUCAACUUGCCCGUGCUGCUGGCCCUGGACCGACUGCUCGGCACAUGCUGCCGACCAGACGCCGACCUCAACUUCGAGUCCCCACACGCUUCAUUUGACCUCUCCAUCUUCUACCACCCCGACUUCCCCACCCACCCGUCACCCUCAUUCAAGACCAUGAUCCAGCAGCUGGCACAGCAGGCCAGAUCGGUGAAGUACAUCUUCACCCAGGACGGUCUCGCCGACCCGCACACCGACCCGAGCCAAUCGGCCAUCGACAUUGCGUCCAGCCUCUCAUUCGACGAAGCCGUGUGGGCUGAGGUCGAAGCCUACUUCGACCCCCCGGCCGACACCCCAUCGCCCCACCCGGCCAUCAUUACCCACCUACAGCCCUUCCCAACCGAGAUCUCAGGGCUGAAUGUCUGGAGCAAAUUGGGUGGUGCAGCCGGGCGGCUGCUGGCCGUCAAGAUGCCCAAGAAGGUGCCGGUGGUGUACAUCUACGAUGUGUCGGGUGCUGAGGAGAGGUUGGGCAUGUUGGCGGCGCUGGGGAGGGAGAGGGAGGUGGGUACUGUGCACAUGAGGCAGGUCGGGAUCGACCAGCUGGUGGGGGCGGCCGACGAAUUGCCGACGAUCCAGGCACUAAAGUUCAUCACGACACGUACGCCGAGAGAAGAGGACAUUGUGUUCAUCCGUCCUCAUUUUUGCCUUGUGUGUGUUCCCUCCCCUUCAGUGCCCGAUGAUGUGGAGGAUGCCGGCAGCUUCGUCCGCGCCGGCCUCUCAUCGGCUGUCCCGCACAUCAGGGGCCUCCAGGGCGUGACUCUGACGGUCGACAGGACGACAGCUGAACAGCAUGAUUCCAUCCUCGCCUCCGUUCCUGACGGCACCAACAUCGAGGGCUUCAGCGUUACAUGCAUCAGACGUGAUGGCUAUGGGGCCACAUACACGUAUGUGACACUAACUGCAGCGCUCAAUGCGUGAAGAGGAGGUAAUAGCACUCAUUCAUUCACGCAAAGCUCGGUCUCAUUGUGUGACCCAUCGUGUGUAGCAGAUCAAAGCAGACUAGCUGACGACAUUCAUCACAUCAGUGCAUGGAACCCCCUCUGUGUGUGCAUGGCGUCUUCACUAAGUCAAUUCAUA